GGUCGUGCGCAUCUCGUAUACUUGCUCACUGCGAAUAGCGGCGACUCAUAUCCCGAUGCCAUGUUUUUUGUUUGGCUAAAAUGCUCUUAUAAGGUUUAGCUAGCGUCGUCAAAGUAUGCAGCUAGCGUUUUGGCCUCAACUUCUCCAUGCCACUAGCCGCCAUUCCAGUUAAUACUGCGUCAAUUUCACUGUUACGUUGGGCUUCGGCCAGCAAGCUUAGGAUGUCAUUGGGAUUCGGAGGCAGCCGUUGCUGCUGGGGCAGUUCGUCGCAUGGCGCAACAUCGCGACGUGGUUGCCUUGCAGCUGAGCAGCUUGGUGGUCUCCAUAGAGCACAUGUACACUGGUCACACAAUUGCCCUAACUCUACCAGCCUUCGCAAACUAGCUUUACCCGGUGGAGCAGGCCGUCCGUUAAUGCGAAGUCAAACCAUGGUUGCCGCCGCUGGUCUACCGCAGUCCGCCGCUGCGAGGUUGGCUGCGGCAGCGGUGGCCUCAGCCGCAGCUGUAACUGUAGCUGCUGGCAGCACCGGCAAGGGCCAAGUAGCCAGCAGCAGCGGGGCCAGCAGUAGCCAUGUUGACGGCAACCCCAGCUCCCCAACUGGUACAUCCCCUGGAGGCGCUGCUCUGGAGGGCUCCCCCGUUCCUUGGGCCGCCCUGCAGCUUUCCCCAACUCCUUCCAGCCCUCCUCCAAAUCCCUCUUCCGCCUUCUCUUCCCCUUCUCCCUCCUCCCCUUCCUCCUCACCUACCUCUUCGCCCCCAUCCUGCUCCACAACCUCACUAGACUUGAUCGCCCAGCGUUUCCGCAUCGCCGGCCGCACCUUCCGCCUCAUCACGCCGCGGGACGUGGACGCUGUGAUGGACAUGUACCUGGAGAGAGACCUCCACGACGCCGACCCCUACUGGACUCGCGCCUGGCCCUCCGCCAUCUCCCUCGCCGCCUG